AUGGAGCGCUUUCCGUAUUUUGCUGCUGUAUCCAUUAUUAUAACUUCUCGCAAUAGGAGCGAAGAGUUAAUCCCUCUGUCUUCUCUUCAGGAGCUGAACGGCGGCCACGGACAUCUCAAUCUCCGCAUACAACUCGUAACAGUAAUGGAAAAGUUGGGACACUCGUUGAAAGCGGUGACAAGUAAUGUUAUGGAUCUUUUGAUAGCCGACACUAUAGUCCACCUAUCUCUUGAGCAGAUCUCAGUCAUGAUCAGAGAAUUCGAUCCAGCUAUCUUUUCUUCCCUUGAUGCCCACUGCGCUCUAGAGCAGCAGCCGACGAGAUAUUCUGAUGAAAUAUCGAAAGAUUUUAACGCGUGCCUUUCCAAAGUUUUGAAAAUGAAAUGGCCCUCAACAAAAGAAGUUAGCGGUACCCUGAACUCUUUGGUGUCAGUAUAUUGCAGUCUUCCGUUGCACCUCGCACCUCCAUACUUUAUGCAUAAGUAUCUCAUUUCCUCCAUAUUGUUCUCAAAUAUUUAUCAAUCUGCUGACAACAAGAUAUUCGUAUCUUGCCUCAAAGUCAUCGAAAAACUAACUAGGAGUAUCCGAAUUCUACCAUUGAAGACCACUUUAUUACGCAAACUCUGUGACAGCUGGUUAGCUCUCGUUGAGGAGUCAUCUGUUCCUGACUUUUGUAGAGACAUUGCAAAUGCUCUGAGUGGAAUUUUUUCGCUCAGUACAUCUGAUACAGGGUCACAAAUAUGCCCAGCACUGGAGGUUUUCGAAGGCACUGGCUACAAUACUUGUUCCAGGAAAGCUGUCAGUCUAUACGUCUUAUUCAAGUCCACUAACUGGGACAAAUUGACAGAAGAUAAAAAGGAAAACAGAUUGAUACUGGAAAAGGUAAUACUACUAAAAUGUUUUUUGCUGUUCUCAUUCAGCUUUUGAGA